AUGGAACCAGGGAACCAAACAGCUAUUUCAAAAUUCCUCCUUCUGGGACUUUCAGAAGAUACAGACCUGCAGCCCGUCCUCCUUGGGCUGUUCCUGUCCAUGUACCUGGUCACUGUGUUUGGGAACCUGCUCAUCAUCCUGGCCGUCAUCUCUGACGCCCACCUCCACACCCCCAUGUACUUCUUCCUCUCCAUCCUGUCCUUUGUUGACGUCUGUUUCGCCUCCACCACGGUGCCCAAGAUGUUAGUGAACAUCCAGGCGCACAGCAGAGACAUCACGUACAAAGGCUGCCUCGCCCAGAUGUGUUUUUUCUUGAUUUUCGGUGGGCUAGACAGUUUGCUACUGACGGCAAUGGCCUAUGACCGGUUCGUGGCCGUCUGUCACCCCCUGCGCUACACGGUCAUCAUGAACCCCCGCCUCUGUGGUCUUCUGCUUCUGGUUUCUUGGUUAAUCUGCCUGACGUAUUCUCUGCUGCAAAGUUUGAUGGUUUUGAGGGUGUCCUUCUGCCAAGAGGCAGAAAUCCCCCACUACUUCUGCGAACUAGCUUACAUCCUCAAGCUCGCCUGCUCUGACACCCUUGUUAAUGACGUCCUGCUGUAUUUUCUAUCUGGUCUGCUCGGUGCUAUUCCCCUGACUGGGAUCCUUUUUUCUUAUUCUAGAAUUAUCUCCUCCAUAAUGUGCAUUUCCUCUGCUGGAGGGAAGUACAAAGCCUUUUCCACCUGUGGGUCUCACCUCUCCGUCGUCUCCUUGUUCUAUGGUGCAGGCCUUGGGUUCUACCUAACUUCUGGAACAGCCCAGCCCUCCAGAAGGGGUUCAAUAGCCUCGGUGAUGUACACCGUGGUCACCCCCAUGCUGAACCCCUUCAUCUACAGCCUGAGGAACAGGGACAUGAAGGGCGCUCUGAGGAGACUUCUCCGCAGAGGAACUUGCUCUCUCAGUGAGAUCAUGGAAGCCAGGCCCUGA